CGUCCACUUGGUUCGCCGCGAUUAGCCUGGGAGGUUUGCUGAGACCAGCGGGGCUUUGGUAUUUCCUCGCCGGACAGGUCUACUAGAAGGAUCCGUGAUGGGUGACUACGCUAUCAGCUUCCUCAAGGACUUUCUGGCCGGCGGAGUGGCCGCUGCCAUUUCCAAGACGGCGGUGGCGCCCAUAGAACGGGUGAAGUUACUGCUCCAAGUCCAGCAUGCGAGCAAGCAGAUCACAGCUGAGAUGCAGUACAAGGGGAUCAUUGACUGUGUCGUGCGUAUUCCCAAGGAACAGGGCUUCAUCUCCUUCUGGCGAGGAAACCUGGCCAACGUGAUCCGGUAUUUCCCAACCCAGGCCCUCAACUUCGCCUUCAAGGACAAGUACAAGAAGGUCUUCCUGGGCGGGGUCGACAAGAAGACGCAGUUCUGGCGUUACUUUGCCGGAAACUUGGCAUCGGGCGGGGCGGCGGGCGCCACGUCCCUGUGCUUGGUCUACCCGCUGGACUUCGCCCGGACCCGGCUGGCCGCCGACGUGGGCAAGGGCGCGAGCGGGAGGGAGUUCACCGGCCUCGCCAGCUGCCUCAGCAAGAUCUUCAAGUCGGACGGCCUGCGAGGCCUUUACCAAGGCUUCGCCGUCUCCGUACAAGGCAUCAUCAUUUACCGGGCUGCCUACUUCGGAGUCUAUGACACCGCCAAAGGGAUGAUGCCAGAUCCGAAGAACGUGCAUAUUCUGAUCAGCUGGAUGAUUGCGCAGUCAGUGACGGCAGUGGCUGGGCUGGUCUCCUACCCAUUCGACACAGUCCGUCGACGUAUGAUGAUGCAGUCCGGCCGGAAGGGAGCUGAUAUAAUGUAUUCGGGCACAAUCGAUUGCUGGAAAAAAAUUGCGAAAGAUGAGGGGUCUAAAGCUUUCUUCAAAGGUGCCUGGUCAAAUGUGUUGAGAGGAAUGGGAGGAGCCUUUGUACUGGUACUGUAUGAUGAAAUUAAGAAAUAUGCGUAAGAGUCCAAGAGGCAUCCAUCUACCCCUUUGUUCAUCACUUUAAAUUAAACAGCAUUAGAAAACUGUAAUAUAUUGUAGCAGGACAAUGGGUCAACAAUGAUGAAUGUACCUUUAAGAAAUCAAACGCCUGAAUAAAAGCAGUGGCAGGUUGGAGACUCAAUGAAAGGGCUUAAUGCAUUAUUAAGUCAUAGUCACCCUUGUUAUCCAUGUAUUGAAUUCCAUAGCCUAAUCCCCUUGCCAACUGUAUAUAUAUAUUUAAGUUACCAUUUACUUUUCCUUGGGUGGUGAGUAUUUCUGCAUUUAGUACUUAAUCUCAAAAUGGUUAUAUUCUAAUCGCAAGUGUUAUGCACAUUGUUUAGCAUUGAUCCAAACGGAAACAAAUGUAUUUAUGGUCCCUAUUAAAUCAAAAGUAUUUAUUAAAACUGGCUCGUGUAUA